AUGGUUGAUAUUUCAAUCGAUGCUGUUGACGCUAAUUUCAAGUCCACCUUACCCCCAAGAAAACGUGCUAAGACCAAGGAAGAAAAGGAGCAAAGAAGAGUGGAGAGAAUAUUGAGGAAUAGAAGAGCUGCUCAUGCUUCGAGAGAAAAGAAGAGGAAGCAUGUGGAAUACUUGGAAAGUUAUGUUAUCAAGUUGGAGUCCAAUUUGAACAAUUUACAAGAGAAUUUCAAUUUGGUGAAGGACCAAGUGGAUUUAUCUAAUUACUCUUUAAAACCAUUGAAUGAUUUGAGUGAUUUGAAGGAUAAAAUACAUGCCAACUUGAACACCUCGGUUGCUAAUGAAGAAGAAGAAGGGUCUUGUAAACGAAGAAAAAUCGACGCUUCUCCCCCCAUGAUUAAGAGAGAAGAAUAUAAGGAAGACUACAAGGAAGACUACAAGGACGACUACAAGGACGACUACAAGGAUGACUACAAGGAAGAAUACAAGGAAGACGAGAAAGAUGAUUUUGAGGACGAUGCUACGGAAAAGGAAGACAAGUCUUUUAUCAAGAAGGAAGAUGAAUUAUUGUCGGUGAACAAUAACGAUGGGUACAUGAAUUACUUAUCACCAAUAUCAAUCAACUCCCCGAUCAAUUCUCCCAUUGAUUUGACCAUUAAGAAAUCGGAGGAUGAUUUACCUCAGUUGUCUUUGGAUUCCAAUGAAAAGGGUUAUGAUUUAAUGGGGCAAAAUUCAGAAGUGAUUUUGUUACCAAAGAUGAAUACUUUGGUGUAA